UCUCGCAAUAAUAAACGUCGGGUAAACGUCGUUGCGAACGCCGCUAAUGCUCCAUAAUCGAAACACAGCGCCGCGGGAAACCGACAACCGUUGCCAACGUCGGGACGGAUACAGCCGCGUGUGCGCGCGCGCCCGCCCGACCCCAACAUCCGUUCGGUCGCACGAAUCCAUUAUGGCGUAUUACGCACACACACGACAGACCGCCGCCGUUAUCCGCGUGCGUGGUGAAAUAGCGAACCUGGCGCGCGUAAAGCCGUAAAGCAGCGAACCUGGUGUGCUCCGACGCGCGCGCGCUUGUGUGUCGAGUUUGGUCCUCGUUUUUGUUUUUUUCCUCACUUCCCUCUCCCGUCCGUAUCCCUCCCCAAACCCAUCGAUGCCCGUUGGCGCGGUGUUCUUCGCUGCGUUACGCACACGCACACAACACACACGAGCGCGCAUUUCUAUCGUACGGGUUCCGAAUCGGUUUUAAGGUGUGCGUGUGCGUGUGCCUCUUUGCGAGUGCGCGUUUGUGUGUGUGUGUGUGUGUGUGCUGCGCGUGUGAGGCUCCGCGUGCGUGCGCGUGUGUACGUGUUGUGUUGCCCAAACGGACGAAAAUAUAAUAACGUCGUGUAGAUCUGCUGCUGUGGUGGCGUCGUAGUAGUCGAAAAAGAAACGCGUCCGUCUCGCCGUCCGCGCACCACACCGGGCGUUUUCGAAAACGGGUCCGGGCACCGCAACAACGACGACGAUAACACCACGACCGACGUCUAACACCUAAAUAUUGUUAUUAUUAUUAUUAUUACUAUUAUAUAUAACAAUUCAUAGAUAUAUGUAUAUGUAUAUCAACAUUUUAAUCGAACCGACCAGCAGCAGCGCAGCGCACACACGUCGUGUGUGAUAAUAACAAUAUCAUUGUGUGUGUGUGUAUAUAUAUAAUAAUAAUAAUAAUAGUAAUAAUCACAAUAAUAAUAUAAAUAAUAUCAUCUCGUUUGUACAUGCCGCUGCCGUACGCGCAAUAAAUAAAUAGUCGACUUAAUAAAAUAAUUUGUCGUGAUAUUAGAUUUUUUUCUAUUCUUUCCUGCACCGCGACCGCGACCGACCGACCGAGAACCGUUGUGUUUGUGUGGUGUGCAUAUCGCUAUCGGCGCCGCCGUCGAAUUUUUCCACUCGUCGCGAUGCCGCGGAUCCAGUAGAACGGCGCAUCGGACGCGUAGAUCCAACGCCAGUACAACAGUAUCCGGCGUACCGAGUUUCGCGUAGCGGACCGAUCGUCGUCGUCGUCACUCCCCGGUGCGGUGCACUCGUACCCAUAUCAUUAUCAGUAUCAUCGUGGUCAUCGUCAUCAUCAUCACCGCCGCCGACGUCCGAUCCCGGCGCCCCGCCGCCCGUCCGUGAAAACGUGUGAAAGACCAAAGGCCGCGGCGCGCACAAACUACCGCCACUACACGCCGUCAUGUCCGUCAGCCAACAGUUUUGCCUGCGAUGGAACAACCACCAGAGGACACUGAUUUCGGUGUUCGACAGCCUCCUGGAGAGCGGCACCCUUGUGGAUUGCACGCUGGCCGCAGAGGGACGAUACCUGAAAGCUCACAAAGUCGUGUUGUCCGCCUGCAGUCCGUACUUAGGGGUUUUAUUAAGUCAACAUCAAGAGAAACAUCCAAUCUUAAUUUUGAAAGAUAUCAAAUUUCAAGAAUUAAAGUCAAUGUUGGAUUAUAUGUAUCGAGGUGAAGUCAAUAUUUCUCAAGAAGAACUUGGUACAUUUUUGAAAGCUGCUGAAUCUCUUCAAAUCAAAGGUUUGACAGAAAGUGCUGGUAUUGGGGUUCGCGAUAAUUCAGAUUUUGAAGACCCAGUAUCUAAACGUUUUGAACAUAGAAAACAACCACCUUCUUUAUCAUCAGUUAGUUCUAACUCGCCUACCAUUUGGAGCCAAAAUGAAACUGUACGUACAUAUUCAAGACCAAGAGAAGGUAGUUUAUCUCCAACCAGCAAGAAACGGAAAUUACAACGAACAAAUGGAUCAGAUGAUCAUCAUCCCGAUAAUGGCGAUGAUAGUAUGACUGAAUCUGAACCUCAGGGAGUUGAAAAAUCGCCAACUAAUAAUAAUAAUAACAUCCCUUCUUCAGUUAGUAAGGUAAUUAAAGCAGAACCUUACCGUAAAUCGUGUUCACCAGACAAAGAAGUGCUUAAACCAACUGAAAAUACGAUAAUUAAACCAAAAGUGGAAUCAAUUUCUGGUGACCGGCAAGAAUGUUUGACAGAAAUGUCAUAUGACGAUAGUGUAGAAGAUAUGGCUUUAGAAGAGGAGGAAGAAGAAUUUGAUGAAAAUGAAUUAUCACAGCCUGGAACUUCGCAAGGGGACACCAAUCACACCGUGCCUCAAACAAAUUCAUGGCAAUUAGACACAACUAAUCAAGAUAGCACCAGUACUGUUAAUACACCAAUGGAUUGUAAAGAUUCAGACCUGUUGGCCGAGAAGUUCGAGUGUAAGCUCUGCGGCAAGGUGUACCAGUGGAAGCAGAGCUUAAAGAGACACAUCCGGGAGGACCGCUGCGACAAGGGUCCGCAACACGCGUGUCCUCGCUGCGGCAUGAGCUUCAAGCACACCAGCCGCCUGAACAAGCACGUCAUCCUGUGUCCGCACAUCCUGUUCGACGAAAGCCCUUCGUCCUCGGCGUCCACGUCGUCCACGUCCACCGUGCAGCGCAUACUCAAACUGCCGCCGCCGUGCCCGGACGCGUUGCCAAUCACCGCCGUGUCCACGUCCACCACCGCGACGUCGUCACCCUCUCAGACGAUACUGGUGUUGCACCUAAAAAACCAGAGUUUGGCCCAAAACUGGAAUUCUAAAAUCCAGAAGCUGGGAAACUAGAACAAAAACGUACUUCGUAUUUAAAUAUUCAUUCAUGUGCGCGCGCGGGUGUGUGUGUGUGUGUGUGUGUAUGGUCCGUCAAAUUUGUGUAUAUUUAAUUCAAAACGUUUUUUAAUUUUUCGACCUUGCCCGUAUAUUAUAAUUACUAUUAUAUUAUUGACCACACCGAUUAUAAUAAUAUCACAGGUCUUGCGUACAUCUAAAGGCCCAUAUUAUUAUUAUUUAUCUAACGAAGUGUAUAUUAUAAGAUAUUAUAUGCGUGGGUGAACUCGCUUAGGGAUAUAAAAACAACAACAAAAAACUAUUUAUACCUUACGCAGCAUAAUACAAUUAUUAUUAUAAUAUGUAUUAUUUUUGCUAGUCAAAUAUGGAACAACGCAAUCUAGUCUAUUUUUUUUCGUUUUUCGUGCAAUUUAUUCAUGCAAAGAAAAUCAUAUGUUUUAUUUUUUUUAUUCGUAGUGUGUGUUAGAUGAAUACUGGUUUUUAUUUUUAUUUUAUUUAGUUUUAUCGUAUUCGGGUACUCGGGUUAUUGUACCGCGAAAUGUUUAUAGACAUCGAAUACAUUAUAGUCAUUAGAUAAUAAGAUUGAAUGUAAGACUAAAGUUCUCUCCUAUCAACAAAAUAAUAUACGGUGAAGAGAUAUCUUUCUAUUUAUAUCAAUAUUUUUAUUUAUACUUUCGUCUGAUUUGAAAUGUAUCUAGUCAAAAAUAAUUAUUUACUUUAAUUUUACAUUAAUUAUAUUCGUGUACAUAAUAUUAUAUUGUAUAAUUCAUAUUUUUUCUCAAAAAAAUACAACAAAACAUUUGCCAAACGUAUAAACAUAUUUUAUUGAUAGUUGAAACUUUAAACCAUAACUAUAGGUAUAGUCAACAAUUGAACAAUAUUGUAUCAAACAUAAUAUAUAAAGUGACGUAAGAUAACACAUUAUUAUUACAAUAUUGUUGAUGGGUUCGUACAGCACAAUAUUAAACUUAGUUGGUUCGAUUAAAUGCGUUAAUUUGCAUCUAUGUUACCAAACAUGCCGAGUGAAUUGGAUCAUAAUAUUGUCAUUGGAUCUAAUAGGUAUAUUAUACCAAAGUCAGACACGAAUUUACUUUUUAAGAUAAUUGUCACAUAAAUGUAAAUUGUAUUUUGAAUUUUUGUUUUUCUAUUCUAAUUUCAAAAACGCACAAAACACAAAUAUUAUGUAUUGUGGAAAAAUUAUGAUUAUUUUAGGGUUAAUGAUUUUAAGUUUAAUCAACAAUAUUUUGUGUGCCGUGUGAGAAUACGAUCAAUACGUUUUUUUAACAGCGAUUCUUUCAAAUUUUUCUGAUAUAAACAUUUUUUUUAACGACUAAACAAUUGUAGGUAAUUCGGGUAGUGCAAAUAAAAUUAUUCUUGUAUCAUCGUGUUCAGUUGAACAUUGUGUCAGUAGCGUAUCAAGGAUAUUUUCACGAGGGGGAGAGAUAAAAAAAUGUUAAUAGACAUAUUCAGUAAUCAGUAUAGGUACACAUUACACAUAUAUUCAUAUUAUUAUUUACAUGUUGUUGUAUUGUGUACACAAUUUGGUCGGGGGAUAUACGCCCCUGCCACAGAUACGCCACUGCCUCGUGUUCAUAAAUAGGAAUUUGUACGGGUCUGGGGGGGGGGGAGUGAGUACCUAUAUAUAGGCCUACAAUAACGUUAAAUUUUCAACAAACUGAGAAAAUGCUGUGUCCGUCGAUCAUAAUAAUCAUAAUAUAAUAUAGCCAAUGCAAUAUUUAUUAAAUUAAUAUAUGUAAAUUCAAAAAUCAAAACUCCGUGACAAAUGUGUAGGCAGAUAUACUGCAAUUAUAUUCUGUAGUGGUUUUCUGGUCGAUCGUCUAAGUGGGUGGCCCACUUGUAUCGUGUAGAACACAUUUGGCGGCCGUUUAUAUGUUUGCACCACCUAAAUAGACUCAUUUAUAGGUACUGUCUGUACGCCACCGGGAGGGUUAAGGGUUUUAUAACGAGUGUUGAAAACGUGGUGACCCGAUCGAACGCAUUUCCAAACUCAAUCCUGCACUUUGUCUCGACCAUUCAUCGUACCUAUAGUUUUCUGACGAAAAAUUAAAAACACCCUGCCUCUGAUAUUUCUAUAACAUUUUUAUUUUUACUUAAUUGAAAAUGGCUCCUACAAUAUAUUAUAUAAUAUAUUGUAAUAAAAUUCAUACUCAACAAUUUGUAUAUUUUAAUAUUAAUAAUAUUGUAAUAGUUUGCGACAUGAUAUGCGUAUAUGUGACACUGACACACGACUGUAUUGUAAUAUGACGAUUUUUUUAUGUUAAGGAUUUCUUUUGUUUUUUCAACUAACUCAUAUUAUGGAUAAAGUAUAGUCAUUUAUAUGUAUUUGUGUUUAUUUUUUUUGUUUUUAUUUUUAAUUAUUAUUUAGUGCAAUGAAAUUGAGUUCCUUGAUUAGUCAUGACCUUUAUAUAGAAAUAAUUACAAAAAUAAAAACUACUUAUAUAUAAUUAUGUAAGUGUAAUACCUCUACUUAACGUGGCGGUCCAUGAAUCUAGUCAGGUAUGAGCACAAAAUUAAUAUUAUUACUCGUGUAUUAUUACAAUGUAUAUGAUGUGUAUUUAUAAAAAUUAUAUAUGAAUGAUUAACAAG